CUAACUUCAGACUGGUAUUACGUAAAUUGUCAAAAAAUUGUAUAUUUUUCCUUAGUAGCUUCCUAAAAGUGCUUAAAUCCUAUCAAACUAGCUUUUUAUCACCUAAAUACUUCAUGUUACAUUAAUCUAGGGACACACAAUUAUUUUCACAUAACCUAUCUGCAUAGUUUUUGACAUCACCUUUUAGGCAACAUGGCUGCAACAAUAGGACGAAUUUGUGGAGCUGGUCUUUUAAAACCAACAAACUUAUCCUCUGUUGGCCAGUUAAGUUCGUAUUCCACAACAAAGGAAUGGACCCGUGGAAGAAAAGCACUUUUGGGAAGCUUAGGGCUUAUUGCUGGUGGUACUGGAGCCUUGCUGUUUGCUUUGGACCAAUCAGUUAAAGCAUCUGAUCUAGAAUUGCAUCCUCCAAAGAAUGUUUGGAGUCAUUCUGGGACUUUCAGUUCCUUGGAUCAUGCUAGUGUAAGAAGAGGUUACGAAGUAUACAAACAAGUAUGUGCCGCCUGCCACUCAAUGCGCUUCAUAGCUUACCGUAAUUUAGUUGGAGUUACCCACACUGAAGCCGAAGCCAAAGCUGAAGCUGAAGAACAAAUGAUUGAAGAUGGCCCUGAUGACACGGGUAACUACUUCAAAAGACCAGGAAAGUUAUCUGACUACUUCCCCAGUCCAUAUCCCAAUGAAGAAGCAGCCCGUGCUGCCAAUAACGGUUCAUACCCUCCAGAUUUGAGUUAUAUUGUAUCUGCCAGACAUGGAGGUGAAGAUUACAUAUUUGCCCUUUUAACGGGUUAUUGCGACGCUCCAGCGGGCGUUGUCCUCAGAGACGGACAAUACUUCAACCCCUACUUCCCCGGUGGUGCCAUUUCGAUGGCACAAGCUCUGUAUAACGAAACCAUAGAAUACACUGACGGAACUCCAGCAACUGCCAGUCAACUCGCCAAAGAUGUCGCUGUAUUCCUAAAAUGGACGUCAGAACCAGAGCACGAUGACAGAAAGAAAAUGUUGAUCAAAGUGAUCGGCAUCUUCUCUAUCCUUAUUGGUAUCACUUAUUAUAUUAAGAAACUUAAAUUUUCUUCAUUGAAAUCGAGAAAGAUUGAAUUUAGGCCCAAGAGUAAAUAAAUAAGUAUUGUAGAAGAAUUUUAAACAAGGUUUAGCGUGACUACCAUAGUUAUUAUUAUCUUAAGGUCUAAUUUUAUUGUACAUAUUUACGAUUUUCCAACUGACUGGGGUUUGCAUUUGCCACCUUGGUUUAUUUAUUUUUUCCAGGCUUUAUUAUUACUGUGUCACGUUAUGUUUCAAUAAAAAAACAAUAAUAAAUA